CCCCGACAACUGUGAAGCCGCUCAUCGUUUUCAGCACAGCCAGCAAAGAUGGCAAACCAAACAGUCCGCCUCGAACUGCACCAUCCCUCCUACGCCAACACCGGCGCGGCAGGCUCCAACCCGGCCGACCACGCCCACAGUCACGGCCACGAUCAUCACGGCGGCGGCAACGACCAUGGCCACACCCAUGAACACAUGGAACACCCCGGGCGAUACUUGGAUAGAGAUACGCCGAUUUCGACUAGGGAUUGGUCUGAGAGGGCUUUUACGGUUGGAAUCGGCGGACCGGUGGGCUCAGGCAAAACAGCGUUGAUGCUCGCACUCUGCAAAGCCCUCCAAAACACCGUCUCAAUCGCCGCCGUUACCAACGACAUCUUCACACGCGAAGACGCCGAAUUCUUAAUCCGCAACCAAGCCCUCCCCGACCCGCGCCGGAUCCGCGCCAUCGAAACCGGCGGCUGCCCGCACGCCGCGAUCCGCGAAGACAUUUCAGCAAAUCUCGAGGCGUUGGAACAGCUGCAGGCCGAGUUCGGAACCCAGGUGUUGUUGGUGGAGAGCGGGGGGGAUAAUCUGGCCGCGAAUUAUUCGAGGGAGUUGGCGGAUUAUAUCAUUUAUGUUAUUGACGUCAGCGGCGGCGACAAAAUCCCGCGCAAGGGCGGCCCAGGCAUAACGCAAUCCGACCUCCUCCUGGUGAACAAAACCGACCUCGCGCCGUACAUCGGCGCCGACCUCGCUGUGAUGCGGCGCGACGCGGAUAGGAUGCGUGAUGGGGGGCCGACGCUGUUUACGCAGGUCAAGAAUGGGAUGGGUGUCGAGGAUGUUGUGGAGAGGAUUUUGGAGGCGGGGAGGCGGGUGGGGGCUUUUUAGGGGCGUGGUGGGAUGUACCGAGUUGGAGGGGAUUGGAAGUGCCCCGGGGUAGCAUGCAGGAUAGCAUGAGCGCGUGAGAUAUGUGCGGCGUACUCCGACACAGUUUAGCAAUAAUACGAUGGGAAACAUUACUGUGGAACGGACGGAAACCAGAUACAUGAACUCUUUCGACUCUUUGAAAACAAACA